AUGUUGCCUGCACUCACAAUGGGCAGGGUCAUCUACAAGAAGUUUCAGAUCCCCUGUCCUCUCCCUGCACAAGAGGUGAAUGGCACAGGCAGCCUCAACUACACCCUGGUCACCACCAGCAACUACCGGAACGGCUACACCGUCCUCCAGCCCUCCGAGGAGGGUACUUGCUCCCCCAGCUUCUUCACCCUCAACUCCCAGACGGCGUACACCAUCCCCAUCAUGGCCUUCGCCUUUGUGUGCCACCCUGAGGUCCUGCCCAUCUACACCGAGCUGAAGAACCCCUCCAAGAAGAAGAUGCAGUGCAUUUCCAACAUCUCCAUCACGGUCAUGUACCUGAUGUACUUCCUGGCUGCACUCUUUGGCUACCUCACUUUCUACGGCCGUGUGGAGUCGGAGCUGCUGCACACGUACAACAAGGUGGACCCCUUUGAUGUGCUGAUCCUGUGCGUGCGGGUGGCCGUGCUGACGGCCGUGACGCUCACUGUCCCCAUUGUCCUCUUCCCGGUGCGCCGGGCCAUCCAGCAGAUGCUCUUCCAAGGCAAGGACUUCAGCUGGGUCCGUCACAUCAUCAUUGCUGUGAUCCUGCUAACCUUCAUCAACCUGCUGGUCAUCUUUGCUCCCUCCAUCCUUGGCAUCUUCGGCAUGAUCGGUGCCACAUCCGCUCCCUGCCUCAUCUUCAUCUUCCCCGCCAUCUUCUACAUGCGCAUCAUGCCCAAGGACAAGGAGCCACUGCGCUCCCCUCCCAAGAUCCUGGCAGGCUGCUUUGCCCUCCUUGGGGUGCUCUUCAUGAUCAUGAGCUUGAGCUUCAUCAUCAUCGACUGGGCCACAGGAGGCGGGAAGAGCGGAGGCAGCCACUAGCUGUCGCUGGGGGCCCGGACCAAGCUGCCCCCGCGCUGGUGCCCUGGGGAGAGCCAGCCCCAGGGACAGCCCCUGGCCCCAGCGCCUGGACUGCACCACGACCUUGUGCUGCCCAUCAGGCACAGCCAAUGCCCGCGACCUGUGCUGCCCAUCCUCACCCACUGGGGAAGGGGCCCCGCACGGCCUCACACUCACAGCAUGGGACAGAGCCCUGGUAUGUGAGGGCCUCUGGCCCGUGCGAGGGAGUGGGGUCAGCCCAGGGCCGGAGGGCCAUUGCUGUGCCCACCCCUCCAACGCAUCCCCUUCCACUGCGCGCCUCAGUUUCCCCAUCUGGAAAAUGGGGGUAACAUUUCCCUACCUCACCAGAACUGGCUGUGAGAUGAACCUCGUCUCUGGACAUGGGUAGCAUCCGGCUGCCACCAGCUGGCACCGCCAAGCACACAUGCUGGGGGGGGGGGAGGAGGGAGCGGUGGGACCCCCCGACUGUCAGCAAGAGCUCUGACAACCGGUCUUCGCAGAGGUUGUAUCUGGGGGACCAGGACAAUGCCAGGCGGGGAGCCAGGCCCCCAGCAGGGCUCCCUGGGGGCACUGCAGUGCCCUCUCUCCCUACUGCCCCACGGACUGCCAGCUCCCACCCACUCUGUCUCUUGGUGGCACCCAGGUCUAUGUGCAAGCAGGGAAACGCAGGCCUGCUGUCACGGCUGCACGGGGUCCACUACCCUUGUGGUGCCCAGAACGCUGCUACUGAAGUCGCUGGGCAGUUGUUGGCCAGCAGCCGCAUCCCCGGGACCAUACCUGAGCCCGCUGAGGGGCAGUACUCGCUCGGCACCAGCUCCCGGCCCAGGCAGAGGGGAGGUUUUGGAGCGGCUCUCCUUUAUGCCUGCCGGUGCCUGCAGCCCAGAUGCCGGGGUGACAGGCACGCACCUGCUCCAAACAGUGCCAGCAGGAUGCUGCUGCCCAGCCUGCGCCUGGGGCCAGCACCCCGGGCCCCGCACUCUUCUAUUGGGCCCCAUCGUGGGGCUCCUCCAAGCCAUGCCAAAACCGGGCAGCAGCUCCCCCUCCCUCCCUGCGCACCUUCCGGCCUGCUGCCUCCCAUGGGCGCCAAGCGGGCAGCGAACUGGGCCAGGGCUGACAAGGGCAGGCGGUGCCCGGGGGCCCUUCUGCAGUGCUGAGAUUGCUGUGCUGGGAGCAGGGCUGGGUCUCCAUGGGCUGUUGCGCUACAUAGGAGAUGCAUUUUUUUAUCGGGGUGGUGGAGCCUAGGAUGCUUUUUAUAAAUACUGUACAUACGAGUAGAUCUUUCUGGACACGUCGUGUUGCUCGCGGUAGCUCUGUCGCCAAGAGGGCAACGCUUUUAAAUUAUACGUGUGAAUGAGAGCUGUCCCAGAGAACAGUCUGACCGCUGAGCCCUCUGGCAAGAGCAAUAAAGACGAUGUGAAGCCUG